AUGAGCUCCACCAGGAAAACAUCGAGUGUUGGUCACCGCACUGGCGCGGUUUCCAAGAGGAAGGGCCAGGCCGGCUCUGACGGCCCUGGAGGCCGCUGGGAGCGGGAGCUAGCGGUGGAUUCAGGGCUGUUAGGAUUCGGUGAAGGCCGGGGCCAAGAGCAGGCCAAGAGCGGCAGGGAGGCGAGGCUCUCGACCCCGCAGGCCCCCCAGUGGCCACUGAAGUCGGAAUUGGGGCCAGAGCCAGAGCCGGCCAUGAUGCAGGCAGGGGCGACGGGCUUCAACGCCUGUGAGGGUCGGCCUGACACUGCCGUCCCUGAGAGGGAGGGCCCUUUGGGGUCCCUGUCGGUUUUUCUUGAGGCACACGCGGCCCUCGUGCAGCCACGGAGCCGCCGGGGUUACAAAGCUAUACGCAGGUCCCCGAGCCCGAGACGCCGUGCUGCUGCGGCAGAGGCCGCCAUUUGGCUGCCUGAAGAGUCUGGCCCCAGCUGCAGAGGCGCCAUGGGCUGGGGUUAUGAGAGGUUGCUGGAGGCUUCUGCGGUCCCGUGGCUCGAGAGUCUCCCCAGGGAAGGAGGCCUCAGCUACAGCAGUGCUAGGCCUCAGGCGAGCAGCAGAAGCCAUGUCCUGCGAGCCUGUGGGGGAGGCCUCCUGGGGCUGCCUUCUGAGCCCGAGUCCUAUGAUGAGCUCAGGGGCUCGCACACAGGGAGGGCAAGCACCAAUCUGCAACGAGGUAGGCAGGCCAAGGGCAGCGACCUUGCCCAGCCCACAGGAAGCCCUACUUACUCUAUUUCCCCGGGCAGUGAGGAUUGGCCUCAUGUUUCAAGCGCUCUCUCGACCUCUGCCCUUUGGGGUCGCGACAGUGCCAUUGAGGGGCAGGUCCUGGGAGAGUCAGGGCCCUCUUCCCUGAAGAAACUGAAGGGUUGGCUCUCUGGGAAGGUUAGGGGCAAGCCUAGUCCCCCCGGGGGUGCUGAUGGUGCAGGUGGUACAGAAGUCCUUCCUCAGGCGGUUCCUAGGAGACAGUUAUCCCUAGGGAAGAAAUGUCUAGGGAAUGCCCCUGAAGCUGUCUUGGGGACAGCCCUUGCACCUCAGAAGCAGAGACAAGCUCUCAUGGAUCCAGCCACCACCCCUGCUACCACUGGGAUUUCACUGCUUGGGAAGCCUGGCCCCUCGUCCUCGCUUCCUCGGGAACCCAGACAGUCCAAGCAGGGCUCCCCUCAGGAGAAACCUGGGGCCAAGAGGCAGACCCAGCCUGUGACUAAAGGAGCCUUGGACUCAGAUAGAGAUGCAGACACAAGCACCGACGUGACCAGGAACCAUGUGUUCAUCGACAGAAUCCAGAAACGCCAGAAUUGA